AGAAUAACGAGUAGGAUAAGUUCAGGGUCAGAAGUGUGCCUCCCAGUGCGUAAACAAAGUGCCUGCAUGUGGGGGGUAUGAUGUUCCUUUGAUACUAUGGCAUAUCAUGCCUUGUGUGCCUCUAUAUAAAGGCCCCCCGCUUAACAGCCCUCUCGUACCACACUAGCCAUCAGUCUACAAGCUGUCUUAUAGUCUAGCAGCAUUCUUCCCCUCCUCCGCCUUGCACCGAGCUUUGUGAACCAGACCAUGAAGAUUGGAGGCCAAGGGAGGCUCAACAGAGCUUUCAGGGAGAAGAGGGCUAGGUUCUACAUCUUCCGCCGCUGCGUCGUCAUGUUGCUUCGAUGGAGUGACUGAUCCGUUUCUUGUUUUUCCUUCCAUUCUGGAAUUUUCUCUUUGGCGCUGCCAUUUCUGGAGGGUUAGAGAGAGUUUAGGUGUAGUUGCUAUGUAUAGGCUGUCCAUGUACUUCUCCUAGUCUUCUUCAUUUUUGAGGGUCAUUUUUUCUCCCAACACUUGCCUGCUGUUGCGGGCACGGGUGGGAGAUCCAACUCUGUAGUCCGAGAUUGUCACCCUCUUAUAA